AUGUCCACUAGCGACCACGAAAGAAUGGAGCUUUUCCGAAACUUCCUGAACCUCUGCAGCGCGGACAUGUCGUGCAACUACUCGCACUUGCUGAUAAAUAACAUGAGCGCGGGGAGGCUGGAACUGGCAGGGGACGGGUCGCCGUGGCUGCGGAUCCUUAUCUCGGUGGUCUACUUUGCGGUGGCCACGGCCGGAGUGGUGGGCAACCUGCUGGUGUUGUUCCUGCUCUACUCUACGCGCACCAUCACUACAGGCACCAUCAACUUUUUCGUCUUCAAUCUGGCUCUGGCACACCUCUUGUUUUCCUUGGCGUUGCCCUUCUGGACGAUGGACAUUGUGCUGGACUACAGCUGGCCCUUCGGCGUGACCACAUGCAAAGCCGUGUCACUGCUCACAGGCCUCAACGUGUUCGCUAGCUGCUUCUUCUUGACCGCCAUGAGCUUAGCGCGCUACUGCUUUGUGGCCACCGCGCUCAAACCCAGGGAAUCACCCUGCGGACGGCCAUGCGCCUCCCCGGCGGUCACGGCCAUCAUAUGGGCGGCGGCCCUGGUGGCUGCAGCUCCCCGAGCCGUUUUUGCCGACAUACGCCACGUGGGAAGCGGCAACGAUACGGCGUGCCUGCUGAGGUUCCCGGCCGGAACCGCCUGGUUGGGGAUAAACCAACUUUUGCGUGUGAUUCUGGGUUUCCUGCUCCCCUACGCCAUUAUUAUUCUGUCCUACCUGCUCCUGCUGCGUUUCCUCUGUCGCCACAAACUGAAGGGCGGCAACUCCCGUCGGAAGGCCAACAUCUCUAAAUCAGUUGCGGUGGUGGUUCUGUCCUUCUGCGCCUGCUGGUUCCCGUACAACAUUCUCACACUGUGGAGCGUCAUGAUCCAUCUGGACAUAGUUGACAUCAGUCCCUCUUUCUACGGGGCGCAGACCUACUUCUUCCCGCUAGCUAACUGCUUGGCCUUCACUAGUAGCUGCUUCAACCCUGUCAUCUACUGCCUGGUGCGUAAGGAGUACCGGGCGGCUCUCCACAACAUCUUCUUCAAGUUAAGCUUGUCCAUCAUGUCCAAGAUGCCGUACGCCACCAACUCCAACCAAGGCUCUGAGCAAGCAGGGCAGUUGGCCAUACCAUUGAGCAACAUGCCGAGCCAAACCAGUCAAUCGGACUCAAGGCGAUAUGCACCCUUAUCGACACUACCAACGAUGGUCUCCACUUUGUAG